AUGGGCGUGAAGGGCGACCUCAAGGCCGCGCGGGCGAGGAUGCAAGCCGGAGAACCUUCUGAGGCUUUCUCCAUGAUCCAAAACAUCCUGGACAGCUCCCACCCGGACCUUAAAGACGCGCAGACCCUGUACGCGGUUCUGGUGACGUCAGGGCUCGCGGCACUCGCGUCGCAAGACUUGACCGCGGCAGAGUCCAGCUUCCGGCGUGCGGCCGACUCCAUUCCCGACGCCCCCCAGCCCUCCUACAUCUUCAUUCCUAACCCUACCCCCAAGGCGUGGAAGGGGCUGAUAGACUGCCUGGAGCGGUCGGGGGCGGAGAAGGUGGCGGCGCUGCCGGAGUGUCUCUCGCGAGCCGCCGAGAUCGCGGAAGGGAAGGGGAACUUCGCCAGGGCAAGAGGGCUAAGGCUAAGGCUGGGGACGGUGUUGGAUCACCUCGGCAGGAAGGAGGAAGCCUUGGAAGCGGUGCUGCGUCAUGUCGACAGCCCGCAAGCCAUGGCCGCUACCGCUGGGGAUGGCAGCGGCGUUCCCACAGCGGCGACCGAACGACUCUCGCUGCUGCUCCUCGCCGCCGUUCUGGAGACCGACGAAGAACAGGCGGCCGUCGCAAGGAGAGUAGAGAAACGCCUGGCCAAGGACAACGGCGGCGGCGGCGGGAUCAGCUCGACGGCUAGCGGCACUUCCACGGCAGGCAGCAGCAGCAGCAGCAGCAGCCGCCGUGCCACUGCCCUGGCCUUCGAUUACCGUGCCAAAGCGCUGGCCAAGGAUGAUGAUAGCGCGGAGGGCGGCGGCCGGGUCGCGAAACGCCUGUCUGACGCCAUGGAAGCGCUGCUCGACGCGGGGCAAUCGCCAGCGGGUGAGGAUGGCAGCGGUCUCAUGACACGGGAGGGGGGCUCUGACGUUGGCGGUGACGCUGGCGGUGCUCUCACUCCCGACAACGUCGUGUUGAAACCUCUGGUGGCUAGGUUCUGUCGCGCCUACCUCGGGAGAGCCGUGCACCGCGCGGAAGCAGCAGCAGCAGCAGCAGUGGAAGCGUCAACAAGGUGGCGGGAGGUGCUGGCGGCCUGUGCCCGCGUGGAGAGCGCGGUGAGAGUCUCCGGGUGGGACGACGGCUGGGCCGCGACAGCCACCCUUCUCGCUUCCACCUACGCGCUACCCAACCACCAGCGCGGAGCCGCUGGUAACGGCGAGGAUGACAACGAGACCACCGCGGCGCUGUUGGAGCUUCGGAGGAUCGCCAGGGGUGGCGCACAGGACGAAGCUGGUGGAGACAACGCCGACGGUGCUGCCGCUGCCUCGCCCCGCCGACCCUGGCUUAAGUCCGAAGCCUGCCUCCACCUCGCCGGACUCGCGCUGUGGGCCGGCGACAUCAGCCAGGCGGACGCCCACCUCAAGACCGCCGCGGAAUCUGCUGUAGCGGCACGUAUUCCGCCGCAUCGCGGCAGCUCCACGAAACAAGCAGGAGCACCGUGGGCGGGGGCGCUGUCUGGGCCCGGCAGUGACUGGAGGGAGCUAUCCCUGCGCUGUCUUGUCGACGAGAGGCUGGGCGAUGGGGGGGGGGACCCUGCCGCGGCGGCGGCGCUGGGUCUCGGUCGCGUGGACGCUGCGAUGGCGGCUUUCGACGAGUCGUCCCGGCUAAGGGGCAAGCCUGACGGCGAGGGCGACUACGCCGAUGUUCUCGGGAGAUUGGGGUUGGCGAGGGCCUCCCUGCUGCUCAAGCUCGGCGGCGGGCGGCUGGAGGAGGCGCGGGCGGCGGUGGAGAUGGCGUCCGCCGGGGCUGUGCACGUCGCUCGGCAGGCUUCUGCCGUUGCCGAUGAUGGCAUCUGUCGGCCACCCAGCCUGUACUGCCGAGCGCUAUGCGUGGCCUCAGACGUUGACCUGGCCGGCGGCGAGAGAGAGCAAGCCAAGGGAAAGCUUAGGGAGGCCUUGGAGGCGGAGGCGGGGUUCGGGGAUGCGCUGAGCAGGCUGGGCUGGCUGCUCUUGGGGUUCGGCGGUGGUGGUGCCGCUAGCGGGGGAGGGAAGCGGGCGCCGUGCGAACGGGAAGACGUGGAGGCGGCGAGACCGCUCUUGGAGAGGGCGGUAGCGGAGGAACCAGGGUGCUCGUCCCAUGCAUUCCGGCUGGCAAGGUGCUAUUGGGAGGUUGGUGGGCUGUACCGAGAGGAUCGGAAGUACUGCUUCAACUCUCUUCUCAAGGCCGCUAAGCUUGACCCUGCCAAUGCCGAGGCUUAUUCGAAUAAAGUCCGACCGAUGCCGGAUCGUCAAGAUGCUGCAGAGAAGGCAGCAGCUGCGGAGAAGGAAGCAGCCGCGGACAGGGCGGCAGUAAAGAAAAGGGAGGAAGAAUCGAGGACAGUCGAACCAGCGAUGGACAAGAUCGCUGCGUUAGAGCGUGCUGGGAGGGCAGCAGGGGGUCAAGCUGGGUGGGCAGCUGGAAGAGGUGGAUAUGCCGGGGGUGGGCUCGGCGGUGGGCUUGAUAAAAGGACUGCCCAAUGGAAGAAAAAGAGAAAACCGCCCGUCUACGACGGGAACUUGGCCGUAUACCGGCAGCUGUUCGAAAAUUUCGUGUCGAGCGAGGGUCUAGCACACACCCUACACGAGUCCUCGUAUCCUGUGAAGCUGCUACACGGUCCAUCCAGGAAGGAGCUAGUUACUGUGCAUGGUGGUGACCUGGUGGAUCAAAAUGAGUGCGCUCUCAACAUCCUGAUGGAGUCCAUGAAAGAUGCCCCGUUCAUGAGCAAGCUACUGACGAGUGGGUCGAUUUAA